GUCAACAUAAUUUUUGAUGAGAAAUCCUUUCUUGCACAAGUCAAAUAUCUGAACGACAUUUUCGACUGACUAUCGUAAAUUUUGAAAAGAAUUAGUUGCGAAUUUAUCAAAAAAAAAAAAAAAAAAAAAAAAAAAGAAGAAAUGGCACGAGCGUUUUACAUACCAAAUAAUGCAAAAUUUUUAGCUGCCAAUGGACGGCAACAACAAGAGCGACAACAACAAGAAGAUAGACCCACCACGUCUCGCAACAAUCAACCGUCCAACUAUACACAACCGUCAGCAUCGGCAUCUGUUGAAGCGGAAGCGGAAGCGGAUAUUGAACAAUCAGGAUGUUGGGAUAUACUCGCCCAACUUUUCUGUUUUGCGGCACGAUUUUUUGGGCCAAACACUCGACCAUCUAUUUUUCAUAUCUCACUAGAAAUCCACAAUAAUCCAGCCGUACCCACGGUAAAUUCCGCAGAGACGCAAACACAAACCGUCGAGAACGCCACCAAAUAA